ACUUGCUGAACUAAAGCAAGAAUGCCUUGCUCGUGGUUUAGAGACCAAGGGAAUAAAACAGAAUCUUAUCAACAGGCUCCAGGCGCAUCUUGAAGAACAUGCUGAAGAGGAAGUAAAUGAAGGAGAUUUCCUGGGAGAUGAAACUAAGGAAGAAGAACAAGACCCUAUAGAGCUUCCUGUUAAAGAGGAAGAACCUCCUGAAAAGGCUGUUGAUGUGGCAUCAGAAAAGAAGGUGGUAAAAAUUCCAUCUGGCAUACCUCAGACUGAGAGCACGCAGAAGGGGGCUGAACCGUUCAAUGUACCUGUAAGCUUGGAGAGUAAGAAGGCUGCUCGGGCAGCUAGGUUUGGAAUUUCUUCUGUUCCAACAAAAGGUCUGUCAUCUGACACCAAGCCUACGGCUGAGGAUGAUGAGAAGCUGAAAAAAAGGAAGCAUAGAUUUGGGAUUGUGAGAAGUUCAGCAGGAAGUGGAACUACUGAGGAUACAGAGGCAAAAAGGAAAAGAGCAGAGCGUUUGGGGAUUGCAUAA